AUGGGUUUUAGCGUUCUAGGGGUUCUAGGGUUUUCUGACACCCCGGGUUUUCUAAACCAUGCAUACUGCAGGAAGUCCAUCGUGUUCAAGUCUUCAUCCAUGUCCAUAUGCUCGAGACCGGCGUCGCCACCCCCAUGCUCGUCUUCUGCGCCUACACGACUACAGACCACCACAGCACAGCCGUACGUACCCAAACACCUGUACGCCUCGCCCAUUGAACUGGUAACCAGCCAGCCCAGGCUGAGUCCACUGGAGUGCAGGGGCCUUAUCCCGUCGCCCAGGAGCGGUCAUAUAGCCGUGUGCGAUCUCUCGGGUACGUUUUUGUACGUUUUCGGCGGCUACCAUGACCAGCGGUGCUACAAUGAUCUAUUUGCGUACCACAUACCCAGCCGCACGUGGCGUAAACUGAAGUGCACCGGCACUCCGCCGAGUGAACGCGUGUCUCACCAAGGGGUCAUUGACGGUGAGCAUCUGCUGAUAUUCGGUGGCAGCAACGUGCCGUUCGGGCAUUCCAAUCGCAAUGACUUCUACAUCUGUGAUCUCAAGCGGCUGCAUUGGGAACAGAUUGCGUCGUCUGGCGAUAUCCCCAGUCCUCGAUACGGCCACAGCCUGGUGCGCCGACAGAACAAAUUGUACUUGUUUGGUGGCACGAGUGGAUGUAUCUACUUCAACGAUCUCUACGAAUUUGAUCUGGAGCGUCGCCACUGGACGUUGCUAGAUUCCGCUGCUGGUGGUGAACUGGCUAAUGCGGCCGGUGCGCAGCCCAUGCGGUUCAUUCAUUCACACACUCGCACACCCCCCCACACACACCACACCACCCACACCCAUACCCACACCCACACCCCCACCGCUGCAUCUGGUAGUGGUAGUAGUGGCUACGCUACACACAGCGACCACACCCGUGCGCACAGCACCACACAGCCACACACACGCGCCCGCCCCACCGCACGCUACAGACACGAGGCAGUGGCCGAUGACGAGUACAUGUACGUGGUCGGAGGGGGCGUGCCUAACCCCUCUCGCGCACCCAUAGAGGUGUACACAUACCGGUUUGCUACGGGUGAGUGGCUGCUGCGUGCCUGUAAGCCGGAUGUGUGUAGCAUGCGCAAGGGCCAGGAGGAGUAUCCCACGGCCAGGCGAUCGCACUCGUGUGUGGUGUUUGGUGGACGGCUCUAUAUCUACGGCGGUACGGAUGGUCUGAAUAUGUUUGAUGAUUUUUGGAUGUUGGAGACGACUGACUUCCAGUGGAGGAGGGUGCGUUUGAAUCCCGCGACCAACUUCGCAAAGUGCUUCCACGCCGCGGACGUGACACCGCAGGGCUCAAUGUUCAUCUUCGGUGGCUGUGCAGACUCCAACGGCAACGUUCGCAGUAACGAGAUCUUCUCAGUGCACUUUGCCGUGCCGACUCUGUUUGAGCUGUGCAGACAGGCCGUGGGGCACAGCGAUCUAUUUUCACGCCCAAGUCUAUAUAAGGCAGGUGUGAACAACCGUUUCAUCGAUGAUCUCAGGCCAAGCGUCGCCUAUGACUUUGCAUUGACUCGAGAGAGUGAGAGAGACUACUUCACAUUGCGCAACGGACAUGCCGAGGCUAUGCUGUGUGACGAUUAUAUGGAUGAUGAGGAUAUCAUGGUGUUAUGAAGGAAGGACAGGAGAGAGGGGGGGGGAGACGGGGGAAGGGAUGAAGUUGUGACACAGGGAGAGAGGGAAAGGAAGGAAGGAAGAGAGGUGACGUGGGGUCACACGGCUACAGGGUUACAGAUGCGUGUGUGCACAACGCACACACCCACGCUCGGCAUGUAGAACCUCGACAUGGUAUACUUACACGCACAGCCGCACACCUCUACGCAAUCAUGGUGCAAGCAGGACACCCACACACACACCCACACACACACACGCACAUACACACACGCACACGCACACACACACACAUAUAUAUAUAUAUAUAUAAAUAUAUAUAUACAUAUGCAUACAUACACAGCCAGCCAUGUGCGUGUAUAUACAUGUGUUGCAAUGCACAAGAUUGGCGUUCACAUCACAAGGUGUAUGCUACCGUGUGUGGUGUGUGCAGCGCACACGGACCGCUCUGAGCACCCACGCACCAUCGCAUAGACCUAGUUCAAGUAACUGUAGUGGGGCUAUGCUAACGUAUCAUACUUUCGCUUUGCACCAGUCCGUCAUAGUAUGCUUCCAUACUGUUGUGCUCAUCACAUGGGAUGGCUGGUUGUAGACUGUGGGGCGGGUAAUGUGGAAAACGUCCAUUAGACACUCCGCUCACUCAUUACAAAUGAACGCCACGCGUUGGCUAUAAGAGGCACCACCACCAUGCGUAGUUGCAAAGGCGCCUAGCGCUGUACACGUGCACACACGUGCAUAUGUUUACGAUAUAUAUAUAUAUAUAUAUAUAUACAUACAUAUUCA